AUGUUAUGAGGAGACUUGGCCCAAAGUGUUUUGCUUUGCCCUCUUACCCCCCUAGAAAAAUGGCCGUUAUUAAUAAUACUAAUAAUUACCGUCGCGCUGUUGAAGGGCAUGGCGUUUGGCAGAGAGGAAGCAGGAAGGAGGCAUGGCUUGCAGCACCUUUCCAGGAAAGGCAGCCUUAAAUUGAGGCACUGCCCUCUGCUUCAAAUCAUAGCAUUGUAGAGCUGGAAGGGACCACGAGGGUCAUCUAGUCCAACCCCCAACCCCCUGCGAUGUAGGAAUUUUUUUGCCCAACUCGGGGCUCGAACCCACGACCCUGAGAUGCUCUACCAAUUGAGCACUAAGCCCUUACUGAGUUCAGUGGGGCAUUUUUCCAGAUAAGAGCAUGCAGGAUUGAAACCUUUUUUGUGGGGGGAGAGGGGACAUGGUCGCAGUUUAUAGAAUUGCGCCUUGAAGGGAAUAGAAGUCCUUCUCCCACCCAAGGUCUGUUUCUUAAUACUGGGAAGUGGGGUCUUCCAAGGACACUGGCUGAUUAGGUGUUCUGGAUAUUUUGUUUGCUUGGUUAUGGGUUAGGUGCCGACUUGGUCUUGCUUAGGGUGGGCCCAAUGAAAUAAAUUGGGGCUUAACUAACCCCAUGAAGCUGCCAUUUACCUCUUUGCUCAGUUACAGGCAAUGACAGCCUACCGGUGAGAGGAAAGAGAAAAAGGUUAACUGCACAUACUACCCUGAGAUCCUGAGGGAGGAUAGAAAUUUUGUUUCUGGGUCUAUUUUAAAUACCGUUGCUUAACCAGUAGAACUUGUGAAACAGUAAAAUACUAAGCAUUGCUACGUAGUUGAUGCUUUCGUAGAGUAAAAAUCAGUAGAAAAUGCAGAGGAGAAAGGAAUAGUUCUAUUGAGCAUGGCUAGAGCACACUGUUGAGUAACCAGAGGUAGAUCUUGCAUCUGUUUUGGAUGAUUUCGAUCCUUUGGUCAUGCUUGCUGAGAAGUAACUUGCAUCGUUCACAGAUUGCCCUUGUUGCACAGUUCCACCCCAUGUGGAAGACUUGGCCAGAGUUCUGUAGUUGUAAUUCUCUAUUUUGUCAAUGAAACUUAAAAUAAUAAUAAAAAUCCUGAAAAUAAGUGUGGAAGGAAGGGAAGCAAGUAGAAUUUGUGAAGCAGUCAAAUUGUAAGCCCUGCCUGAUGUGUCACCCUCGGCGUAUGGGGUGCUUUUACAGAGUAAGAUACGAAAUUUCCUGUCUUUGCACUAAGUUGCAAAUGCAUUAAGAUGACAAGCCAGAGAAAACCACUUUGUCACACGUUCAGAGCCAUCACACAGUGAAUUAAAGCUCACUGCUUGCAUUUGAAAAGAACGGGCGGAUUCCUGUGCCAGAUGCACCUUUUUCCCACACCGUUAAAAAACUGUAUUUAAAAAAUGCAGUGACUUUCCCCUUGCAAGAAGAUGCGUCGGGCAGAAGAAGCAUAGCACCACCGGUGUCCUGCGCCUGGGCGAUUGUGACACCCGGAACAGGCUCCUUUGGGUGGAAUCGGCAUGCAAUAGUUCCAUACAGCGUUGAUUUGCAUCUGUGUAGGUGCCCCCCUCCUCCCAAGUUGCCUGGGUUGCAAAACAGGGAGAAAGCAGCAGCUGCUCAUCUUUGGCAGUAGAAGAUUAUGGUGGCAGCUCGGCACUAGCAAAAGCAGCAGCGGCGGCGGCGGUGGCUGAAGCAGCAGCAGCAGCAGCAGAGCAGGACUUUGCCCGGAUGCAUUUCCCCCUGAAAACCAUCAGCAUUGCAAAGUGCAGCCCCCAGACUUGGCAGCCAAACAGGAAUUGGAAGCGUUCGUAAAAGGAAGGGAACCGGGAACUGGCAAGGAACAGCAGGGGUGGAGGGCAGCACCACCAGCUUUUUUCCCUGUGUGUUUCUAGGGAGGGGGGGGGUCUUCUCUUAUCAUGGCGGAUCGGACAGCUCCUAGAUGCCAGCUGCGUCUGGAGUGGGUAUAUGGGUAUAGGGGUCACCAGUGCCGCAACAACCUGUACUACACGGCAGGCAAGGAAGUGGUUUACUUCGUGGCUGGAGUCGGGGUGGUUUAUAACACCAGAGAGCAUAGCCAGAAAUUUUUCCUGGGGCACAACGAUGACAUUAUCAGUCUAGCUCUGCACCCGGAAAAAACCCUGGUUGCUACAGGGCAAGUUGGGAAGGACCCUUACAUUUGCGUCUGGGACUCCUACAACGUACAGACUGUUUCCAUCCUGAAGGAUGCUCAUACCCACGGAGUUGCCUGCUUGGCUUUUGAUUCGGAUGGCCAGCGUCUAGCUUCAGUGGGACUGGAUGCCAAAAACACAGUCUGCAUUUGGGAAUGGAGGAAAGGAAAACUUCUUGCAUCAGCUACUGGCCACUCAGACAGGAUCUUUGAUAUUUCCUGGGACCCCUAUCAACCCAACAGAGUGGCUAGCUGUGGAGUGAAACAUAUCAAGUUUUGGACGCUUUGCGGAAAUGCCUUGACAGCCAAAAGAGGGAUAUUUGGUAAAACAGGAGACUUGCAAACUAUCCUCUGUUUGUCCUGCGCAAAAGAUGACGUCACAUACUCUGGUGCUUUAAAUGGAGACAUCUACGUCUGGAAAGGGCUCACCUUAGCCCGCACGAUUCAAGGAGCUCACGGUGCUGGCAUUUUUAGCAUGUAUGCAUGUGAAGAAGGUUUUGCCACCGGUGGGAGAGAUGGCUGCAUUCGACUGUGGGACACUGUUUUUAAGCCAAUAACUAAAAUUGAUCUCAGGGAAAAUGAACAAGGCUAUAAAGGUUUGUCCAUCCGAAGUGUGUGCUGGAAAGCAGACCGGCUUUUAGCAGGGACGCAGGACAGCGAAAUAUUUGAGGUCAUCGUGAGAGAAAGGGACAAGCCCAUGCUCAUAAUGCAAGGUCACUGCGAAGGAGAGCUCUGGGCCCUGGCGGUGCAUCCCAAGAAACCGUUAGUUGUUACCGGCAGCGAUGAUCGAUCCGUGCGGUUAUGGAGCCUUGCUGACCACGCCUUGAUUGCUCGUUGCAAUAUGGAAGAAGCUGUGCGAAGUGUAUCUUUCAGCCCUGAUGGAUCUCAGCUGGCACUGGGAAUGAAGGAUGGUUCCUUCAUUGUUCUGAGAGUAAGAGAUAUGACAGAGGUAGUUCAUAUCAAAGACCGGAAAGAAGUAAUUCAUGAAAUGAAGUUUUCGCCAGAUGGCUGCUAUCUUGCAGUGGGUUCCAAUGAUGGCCCCGUGGAUAUCUAUGCAGUUGCUCAACGGUACAAAAAGACUGGAGAAUGCAACAAGUCUUCUAGCUUUAUUACUCAUAUUGACUGGUCUCUGGACAGCAAAUUCUUGCAAACUAAUGAUGGUGCGGGAGAACGCUUCUUCUACAGGAUGCCAUCUGGAAAGCAUUUAACAAGCAAAGAUGAAAUCAAAGGGAUUCACUGGGCUUCCUGGACGUGUGUGAUGGGAUCAGAAGUGAACGGGAUCUGGCCAAAGUAUAGCAACGUUACAGACAUCAACUCUGUGGAUGGAAAUUACAAUAAUGCUGUUCUGGUGACUGGAGACGACUUUGGAUUAGUUAAAUUGUUCAGAUUUCCUUGUCUAAAGAAAGGAGCUAAAUUUAGAAAAUACGUUGGCCAUUCUGCACAUGUUACUAAUGUCCGUUGGUCGCAUGACUUUCAGUGGGUAAUAAGUACUGGAGGUGCAGAUCACUCUGUUUUUCAGUGGCGGUUUAUUCCAGAAGGUUUAACAAAUGGAAUCCAUGAAACAGCACCCCAGGAAAGUGGCAUAGAUUCACACAGCGAAGAAUCUGACUCCGAUUUAUCUGAUGUGCCAGAGUUAGACUCAGAUAUAGAGCAAGAAGCUCAAAUCAACUACACCCGACAGGUUUACAAAGAAGAUCUACCUCAACUGAAACAGCAAAGUAAAGAGAAAAACCACUCAGUGCCCUUCCUUAAAAGAGAGCGAGCUCCUGAGGACAGCUUAAAGCUACAAUUUAUACAUGGUUACAGAGGCUAUGACUGCCGAAACAAUUUGUUCUACACACAGACUGGGGAGGUGGUAUACCACAUUGCUGCUGUUGCUGUUGUUUACAAUAGACUGCAACACACCCAAAGACUGUAUCUCGGUCACGAUGAUGAUAUCCUCAGUCUAGCCAUCCAUCCUCUGAAAGACUAUGUUGCUACUGGACAGGUUGGGAGAGAUGCCGCCAUUCACGUGUGGGACACUCAGGCACUCAAAUGUUUGUCACUGCUAAGAGGCCAACACCAAAGAGGCGUCUGUGCCCUUGAUUUUUCAGCUGAUGGAAAAUGUCUGGCGUCUAUUGGGUUAGAUGACAAUCAUACCAUCGUACUCUGGGACUGGAAAAAAGGAGAAAAGAUGGCAGCAACCAGAGGCCAUAAAGACAAGAUAUUUGUAGUGAAAUGCAACCCUCACCAUGCUGAUAAACUGGUAACCGUUGGAAUGAAACACCUCAAAUUCUGGCAGCAAGCAGGUGGUGGUUUCACCUCCAAGCGUGGCAUCUUUGGAAAUAUCGGGAAGCAGGAAACCAUGAUGAGUGUUUCGUACGGGCGAAUAGAGGACCUUGUUUUCUCUGGAUCUGCCACAGGAGACAUUUACAUCUGGAAAGAUAUUUUGCUGCUUAAGACGGUGAAAGCUCACGAUGGGCCUGUAUUUGCCAUGCACGCCUUAGAUAAGGGCUUUGUGACAGGUGGGAAGGAUGGCGUAGUGGCACUUUGGGAUGACACCUUUGAGAGGUGCUUGAAGACAUACGCCAUUAAAAGAGCAGCAUUGUCGCCUGGCUCCAAAGGGUUGCUGUUGGAAGAUAACCCGUCCAUUCGUGCCAUCACCUUAGGACAUGGGCAUAUACUGGUGGGAACAAAAAACGGGGAGAUUCUUGAAAUUGAUAAAAGCGGCCCCAUGACUCUGCUUGUGCAGGGGCAUAUGGAAGGGGAGGUCUGGGGUCUGGCAGCGCAUCCCCUCUUACCUAUCUGUGCAACAGUGAGUGAUGAUAAAACUCUGAGGAUCUGGGAACUUUCCUCUCAACACCGUAUGCUGGCUGUGAGAAAGCUUAAGAAAGGAGGACGGUGCUGUGCCUUCUCCCCCGAUGGGAAAGCCUUGGCUGUCGGCUUGAACGACGGGAGUUUUCUGGUAGUGAAUGCUGAUACCGUAGAAGAUAUGCUUUCCUUCCAUCACAGAAAGGAAAUGAUCUCUGACAUCAAAUUUUCCCGAGAUGCAGGGAAAUACCUGGCAGUGGCUUCCCAUGAUAAUUUUGUAGAUAUUUACAAUGUGCUUACCAGCAAAAGAGUUGGCAUCUGCAAAGGGGCAUCGAGCUACGUCACGCACAUUGACUGGGAUUCAAGAGGGAAGCUAUUGCAAGUCAAUUCUGGUGCCAAAGAACAAUUCUUUUUUGAAGCUCCGAGAGGAAAGAGGCAUGUUAUAAGAUCCACCGAGAUUGAGAAGAUCGAGUGGGACACGUGGACAUGUGUCCUUGGUCCUACCUGCGAAGGGAUUUGGCCAAUGCACAGCGACGUCACUGUUAUCAACGCGGCUUCUCUCACCAAAGAUCGCACGCUCUUAGCUACAGGGGAUGAUUUUGGGUUCGUAAAGCUCUUCAGAUACCCAGUCAAGGGUCAGCACGCUAAGUUCAAGAAGUACGUGGGGCACAGCGCCCAUGUGACUAAUGCCCGCUGGUUACACAAUGACUCUGUGCUUCUGACGGUGGGAGGAGCUGACACUGCUCUGAUGAUCUGGACUCGAGAAUUUGUAGGCACCCAAGAAAGCAAACUAGUGGACAGCGAGGAGUCGGACACGGAUGCCGAAGAGGAUGGAGGUUAUGACAGUGACGUUGCAAGAGAAAAAGCGAUUGACUACACCACGAAGAUCUACGCUGUGAGCAUCCGAGAGAUGGAGGGCACAAAACCGCACCAGCAGCUGAAGGAGGUUUCCGUGGAGGAAAGGCCUCCAGUUAGCAGAGCUGCUCCUCAACCUGAGAAACUGCAAAAGAAUAACAUCAAUAAAAAAAGGAAACUGGUUGAGGAAUUGGCUUUAGACCAUGUUUUCGGGUAUCGCGGAUUCGAUUGUCGCAACAACCUUCAUUACCUCAACGAUGGUGCUGAUAUUAUUUUCCAUACUGCUGCAGCAUGCAUAGUUCAAAACCUUUCCACAGGAAGCCAAACUUUCUACCUGGAGCAUACGGAUGACAUCCUCUGCCUAACAGUCAACCAGCACCCAAAGUACAAAAACGUGGUGGCAACCAGCCAGAUUGGUGAUAUGACAGAAUUUCCAGGUACAACACCUUCUGUCCACAUAUGGGAUGCUAUGACCAAGCAGACUUUGUCUAUGCUGCGCUGCUUCCAUUCCAAAGGAGUGAAUUACGUCAACUUCAGCGCUACUGGCAAGCUCCUAGUCUCUGUGGGAGUUGAUCCUGAACAUACAAUCACAGUGUGGAGAUGGCAGGAAGGUGCUAAAAUUGCAAGCAGAGGAGGCCACCUAGAAAGGAUCUUCGUUGUAGAGUUCCGUCCAGAUUCAGACACCCAGUUUGUCUCUGUUGGAGUCAAACACAUGAAAUUCUGGACCCUGGCUGGAAGCGCUUUGCUCUAUAAAAAGGGAGUCAUUGGUUCGUUGGAAGAUGCCAAAAUGCAAACCAUGCUCUCUGUGGCCUUUGGAGCGAAUAACCUUACUUUCACUGGUGCCAUAAAUGGAGAUGUUUAUGUCUGGAAGGAUCACUUUCUAAUCAGACUGGUGGCAAAAGCUCACACUGGGCCCGUCUUUACAAUGUACACAACGCUUCGCGAUGGACUCAUUGUCACUGGAGGGAAAGAAAGACCGACGAAAGAAGGAGGUGCUGUGAAACUGUGGGAUCAGGAGAUGAAACGCUGCCGGGCAUUUCAGCUUGAGACAGGGCAAAUUGUGGAGUGUGUCCGUUCGGUGUGCCGAGGCAAAGGCAAAAUUUUAGUGGGAACCAAAGAUGGAGAAAUAAUUGAAAUUGGAGAGAAAAAUGGUGCUUCUAACCUGCUGAUUGACAGUCACAUGGAAGGAGAGAUUUGGGGCUUGGCUACUCAUCCCUCCAAAGACAUCUUCAUCUCUGCUAGUAAUGAUGGCACUGCAAGGAUCUGGGACCUUUGUGACAAAAAACUUCUGAACAAAGUGAAUCUGGGCCAUGCUGCCAGAUGUGCCGCUUACAGCCCCGACGGCGAAAUGGUCGCCAUCGGCAUGAAGAACGGAGAGUUCAUCAUUUUGCUCGUGAACAGCCUUAAAGUGUGGGGCAAGAAAAGAGACCGCAAGUCUGCCAUCCAGGACAUCAGAAUCAGCCCCGAUAACCGGUUCCUCGCGGUGGGCUCACAGGAACACACCGUUGACUUCUACGAUCUCACCCAAGGCACAACCUUGAACCGCAUCGGCUACUGUAAAGACAUCCCAAGCUUUGUCAUUCAGAUGGAUUUUUCCGCAGACAGCAGAUACAUUCAGGUAUCAACCGGUGCCUAUAAACGCCAGGUCCACGAGGUGCCAUUAGGGAAGCAGGUGACGGACGCAGCGUUCAUCGGGAAGAUCACCUGGGCCACCUGGACAAGUAUCCUUGGAGAUGAAGUCAUUGGUAUCUGGCCUCGAAAUGCGGAUAAGGCAGACGUCAACUGUGCUUGCGUAACCCACGCUGGCCUGAACAUAGUCUCCGGGGACGACUUUGGACUAGUCAAACUCUUUGACUUCCCCUGCACUGAAAAAUUUGCCAAACACAAGCGUUACUUUGGCCAUUCGGCUCACGUCACCAACAUACGCUUCUCUCACGAUGACAAGUACGUUAUCAGCACCGGAGGGGAUGAUUGCAGCGUAUUUGUAUGGCGAUGCCUUUGAAGGUCAGUUUCCUCCAGUGCCGCUCUUGCUACCACCGCCACGUGAGUGCCAAACAGGGAUACCUCCCAAGACUUCAGCAGGCGGCUUUGUUACAAAACGCUGCAUAGAUUCUAAAUGUGUGAGACUUCACCUACGCUGGAUGCCACAACCACCCCCCAACCAUUGUGAAAGAAGGGGAAAUUGCUGUAUUUUUCCAUAUAUAAGACUAGGGUUUUUUCCUUAGAAAUAAUGUCCGAAAUGUUUUUUGGGGGGGCUUAUACACGGAUAAGCCCCCCCAAA